AUGGCGUUGACUGCAGUGUUGGUGGUGGCGUUGACUGCAGUGUUGGUGGUGAUGUUGACUGAAUUUUUUGUGGUGAGUGUGACGGCGGAGUUUCGGAGUUUAUUAAUAGCGAAGGGAGUUGUGAUAUUGGCAGCGGCGUUUACGACGGUUGGUAUUGGCGGUGGCAGCAGAAGAGACAGAGACAACCGUUACGUUGACGGCGUUUGCACAGCGGACCUGCGAAAUCGCCCGCUCCUCUGCACUGUGAGACGCAGAGCUGGCGAUGCAGUGAUUACGUCGGUGACUGGAGGAAAAGGAGAGAGGAGGAGAGGAGGGGCAUUACAGGUCGCACAGCGGCAGACGCUCGCUCCACACUCUCCCACUUCCCAUUGCCGCCUCAAACCUCAUACUCGGCGCGCGUCCGUUUCUCGAGCAUCCAAACCUUCCCACUCGCACUGCCUUGCGCUUCCCCCCCCCCCCGCCCAGCUCCGCUCCCGCAAGGGCAGCCUCGCCCGCAGCUCUCCCUGCGUGCCCAUGACGGCUCUCACAGAAGAAGGGAAAGUAUAUGAUAUUGAGCAGUACUACUCUGUUACAAAUGUAUCGGCUUCCCGGCCAACCGAUUAUUACAUUUUACUUAGAAUUGCCAACUACGAUAAAAACAAUCUUCGUUGUAAUGGUGGUCAUCGUGCGCGUGCAAAUGGCUGUCACUUGAUGAACGUGGACAUAAUUACCUGGCUACUCGAACUCGGUCCAGAUAACCCCAAGCAAUGUUGCAGACCUCUUUAA